AAUACAAUUAUCAGUCAAAUUAUAACCAAAGCACAUGGAAUGGUGCUGGAUCAUCCAUUGACUCGUCUAGGGACUGCAGAAAGUUGGCAGGCACAAGCUAUAUAUAAAAGCUCCUAUGGGUCAUCUUUGACUGCUGAAACCAAGAAAGUGCGUGUAAUGGAGAAACUUGCACAAGAUCUGAAGAGAGGAUUCCUCAAUCUAUUUGAAGCUAUCAGAGGUAGCAGAACCUCUCAAGGAAAUGAAAACGGGGAUGAAGCCGCGUCAGAAUCAGUGGAGGAAGUAACUGUACAAGACAGAGGCGUCAAAGUCACAGCCAGGGGUCCAAAACGCCCAGGGGUGCCCAAAGGUCCACCCCCGAAGAAUGCUUGAAGAGUCUGCUACUCAAAUUCACAAGCCUUGUACCCAAUCUUGAUUUCUGCUCCAAAUAAUUUCUUUGAGGUUACUUGUGCUGUAAUCAAUCAUCCAUGUUCACUUGUAUUUCAUUUGGUGGGAUUCAUCUUCUCCUCUUUGUUUUAGCCCUGUAGGAAAUGUCUUCCUAAGAUCAUGGGCACAAUUAUGUAUUAUGGCCGAUUUCUUGCUACACGUGAAAAACUCUUAAAUCC